UGCUACCAGGAACAAAUUUUCUAUACAUAGAAAAUACCGAAUCAAAACAACUUCACACUUAAAAGAUAUACAUAUAACUUUGUGGUUGUGAACUGGAUUUUGAAAAUUUUUACAGAAUUUAUUACAUAUAUUUUUUGAACAUUCUUGUAACAAUCAGAAACAUGAUAAGCGAAGAUGAUGAUGAACUUAGGGUUCAGUGCGAUGUCUUUCAAGAAGGUGACCAUGCAGAUGAGGAUGCACUUAUGGAUACUAAGGAUGUAGAUGUAGAUGAUCCACAAUCGGUGUUCUCAGCUGUUUAUAACAAGGUAAAGGGGACACCAGUGAACACUCCGUUGUUUAAAUUUCUACAAUCCUUACUCAAGAAUGAUUCACAAACUACACAAAGGGAAAACCUGUUGACGCUGUCAGAAAAAUUGACACAACAAGAACCUGGAAAUGAUACCUGCAGUGAUGGAGAAAAGCUUAUACCAAGAGACGAAGAGCAAGAAACGAUUACGAAAGACGUAGCAAUCCAGACAGAAUUUACAGAUGAAAACAGAAAGGCUCUCACAGAAUCAACACCAGAAUCAGCACCAUUACCUACUUUAAAGUCGCCUGCACCUUUAGAUUCGGAUGCAUCCAAUCCAAAUAAACCCUCACUAACUACACCACCCCAACCACUGCCUCAGACCACAGGUUCUGUGGCUGAAAUAUCACAUAUUCCUAAACCUUUAUCCCCAUCAUCUAUUCCCGGCGUCCCACCAUCGCCACCACCACCGCUACUGUCGCCAAUACUACCCGUAGUUCCGCUACCACCUGGAGCACCACCGCCGCCGCCACCACCACCCGGAGGCCCUCCAACGCCAGGAGCACCACCUGCACCCCCACCACCUGGUGGUCCAUUACCAGCACCAUCUGGAGUCCCUACACGACCAGGAACACCUCUUCUUCCUAGUGCUCCUUCAUCUGGAAUAUCUGUUCCACAGAAUUCUGAACCAGCACCAAAACCGAUCGACACACCAACACCUAAUAAGAAUAUGAGAACUCUGACGUGGAACAAAAUCCCUGCAUAUGCAUUUAAAAAAGAAAGCAUUUGGAAUGAGGUUUUGAACAUGAAAGACUCUAUUGACCUAGAUUACAAAAAGGUAGAAGAGAUGUUCUCUCAGAAAGGAGUAGCUGCUCCAAUUACAGCGUUGUCUGAAGAGGACAAAACAUCUAAAAAUAGAAACACUUCGCCCAAUGUGAAGGUGACACUGCUGGACCAGAAGAAGAGCAUGAAUUUGGACAUAUUCCUAAAACAAUUCAGAAAACCAAACGAUGCAAUAAUAAAGAAAAUAAAAGAAGGUGAUUUGAAAGAAUUUGGUGUAGAGAAACUAAAGGGGCUGAUGAAGCUUCUACCACAACAAGAGGAGAUUGAGAUGAUUCAAGGGUACGAAGGCGAACUCGACAGGCUUGGACAAGCUGAAAAAUUCUAUUACCAGCUGAUACAAUUACCAGACUUCAAGCUAAGAAUUGAAAUGAUGUUGCUUAUAGCAGAUUUCAGCUCUCAGAUUAGUACAAUACGUCCAAAUAUCCAAGUUUUAACGUCAGUUUGCAGAAGCUUCAUGGACAACGAAUCGCUCAAAAUGUUUCUUAGAUUUGUGCUUCAUGUAGGGAACUUCAUAAACAAGGGAAGCAGAGUUGGAGAAGCUAUCGGGUUUCGUAUAGGUUCUCUCAAUAACCUUAUGAUGACAAAGUCAAAUACGGCGAAGACAACUUUGCUGCAUUUCCUUGUAGAAGAGGCUCAGCAGAAAAAUAAAGACUCUCUAAAAUUCGUCGAGGAUCUUCUAGAACCGCUGCAAAAAACAUCGAGCUUAGAUGGAAUGAUAAGGGAAUUUACAAACUUACACAACGAUGUAAAUCGCCUGAAGGGGCAGUUGGAAGAUGCAAAUGAGGAAGUUAAGACGCAAUUUUCGGGAUUUAUUAAGGAAGCAGAAAACGAUAUUACUGAUACAGAAAAAGCAAUAGAGCAAGUGAAAGAACUAUGCAACGAGCUUGCAGUUUACUAUUGCGAAAAUGAAAAGUCUUUCAAAGUAGAUGAGUUUAUAGAAUCAUUUAAGGAUUUCUGUGAGAAAGUUAAGACGAGUGAACAUGACCUUGAAACGUGGAGAGUGAAUGCUGAAAAGGCAGAACAGAGACGCAAAUCGUCAGUGAAACGAAAAGGCGGACGCCAUGGGUCAGAAAACGAAAGUUGCUAAGGCGUCACUCUACUUACUAAGUUUUAGGUGUUUCUUUCUGCUACUACGUAGGAUGGACAAUCAAGUAACUGUGGCUCUGAACAAAACGUAGUGUUUGAGUGAAAAUCAAACAUGCUUUUAAAGCAUAUUGUCUAAAUUUGGUGACAAGACAUAACAAUUCAGAAGAAAUUGAACAAAGUGUACAAUAUUGUAGUUAGUUAUAGUAUCAUAUUUAUGCCCUCACCUUAAUAGCUGAAUUACUCUUAUUAAGCUGAAUUACUCUUAUUAUAAUUGCUGCUUGUGGCCAUCAUAUUUGAAAACAUAAUUGACUGUGGUCAAUAUUGACUCCUGUUGAAACCAGGAGGUUAGAAACAAGGUCUCAUUCGCACAAGAGACUAAAGAGUUCUAAAUGGAGAUUGAUUCUGCUCAUUGCCCGAAAACUUCAUAGCUUGAUUGUUUCUGGUCUGUUUAUGACCCCUAUCAAGGUGAAGCUUACUUGAGACUGAAAAUUGCGAUGGCAAUUUUGAUAUACAGAAGAUAUUUUUGAAUACAAGUGUGUGUGUGUGCGUGCGUGCGUGCGUGCGUGCGUGUGUGCAAAAUGUGUACACAUUUGUAUUAUGGCUUAAGUGUUGUUAUAUUACAGGUCAUUUGGGACCACGGUGUCCAUUCAAUAUCUAUGGUAUAGAAUUCCACUUUAGCCGUUGCUAGGGGACGUCAGUGUUGUUGCAUUUCCGGUUACCUCUCCUGAUCAGACUCAGUCAAACCGAGUCUGCUGUUUGUUUUGCUUGGUAACAUUCUAUGCUUCCGAAGAAUCAUCGGAUAUAUCUUAUUAAAGAAACUGUAAAUAGUUGUAGUGCUAAAAUUGCAACAUUUAAAGCCUUCUACUUUUACGGUUUGUGAUGAUGGUUCUAAAAUGUCAUAAAGUACCGUAUUUAACACUUUCCGAACCGCCAUUUUAGAAUAUUCACGUAUGCAAUGCUUUAAAAACAAUGGACUUAAAAAUAAAUCAACCUGAAUCAAGGCUACAUAAAGCUUUAAAAAAAUAUUUAUUCCCGAGGCAGGGUCUGACAAUUACUUUAAUUGUAGUAAACAGGUUUACAGUUUGUUUCCCUAUUUUUGUAAUUCGUAUAUUUUGCACAUGCUGCGUGCAUGGAAAAAUUAAUUGCACACUUGCUUUUUUAUUUAUACAUUGAGCUUAUAUAGAAAUAAAACUCAAAAAAGUAUAAACUAAUCAUCAGUUAAAGAAAACUAAUACAUGUAUAAUACACAGAUCAAAGCUAGACGAAUAAUAAAGCUGAAAGACGGAAUAUCUUACUUUUGUGUAUCUAUGAAACUGUGGCUUCCUUCUCCAGUAUUUAAAUGCUGAAUAAAUAGAUUGGACCUGAAUUUUAAAGAGCUUUUAUUCUUGUUGUCUGAAGCAGUGACAAUGCUAAGAGGGCCAUUUACUGGUCAACCGAUAGAAGAUGGGCUGGAACAAGACCCUCUAAAAUUGUUGAUUUCUCCAGUAACAUGUAAAUAAUCACUUUUAACAUCCGAUAUUGUCCAUCGCUACAUUGAUUCCCUGUUUCGGAAUAUCUAUAGACUUAUGACUUUUCGAGAGAAGCAUCGGCGCGGGUCAAGUCAAGUUGGUCAGUGUUCAAAUAGUUACCGACUAGAAAGAAAACGUGUAAAUUUCUAUAUCAUGUGACAAUCCUAAUUCAAAAGUAGUUACAUUUCUGUAAUAUGUUACUUUUUGUGCCAUAACAUUUGGGUGAAAUGUCGAUGGCGGGAAUAUAAUGCAGGCGG